GCAGCCGGAAAUCGACGGGGAUACGGGGGGGGGAAUGGUAAAGUGCUGGUGGAGUCCAUCACAAGUCUUGUAAAUCGCGUGGCUGCCAGCCGAGUGAGGCGCUGAGUCUGAAAUUCGUUAAUCCCACCCCUGUCUACAGCUGGGGCUCCAUGUACAUCUCACCUGUCGGCUCAAUGAGUGAGGAACCGUCACCAGUCUGGAAACUAACCCGUCUGUAGCAGAAACUAUGGCAGAGAGCUGGGACUGCAUUAAAGAGGAGGAGCGUGAAGAGGUCCCUGUCCAGGUCAAAGAGGAGACAAGUGUAAUCCUUGUCUGCGUGAAGGAGGAGUUAAGUGAGGAAUUGGUCUGCAGUAGAGAGGAAGAGCAAUCUGUGCCCCUGAAAGAGGAGGUGGGUGUAACUGCAGCCCCUGAAUGGGACUUUCCUGCUGGUUUGAAGAUGGAGGACUUGAAAUCAGAAGAAUUGAGUCCAGAAGUGAGCAGUCCGGCUGACCGGAGAUCCUCUCCAUGGGCACUGGAUGAGAAGCCGUCGUCUUCUGUCUUCCUUGUGGAAUCCCAACCAAAGAUCCACCUUCCUGUGGCCCCCUUAGACCCUCCUGAGGUUUUAAUUAAAUCUGAACUUUUGGUACCCAAUCAAGACAGAGAGUCAAGGGACAGCCAGGAGAAGACCACCAAUCAAGAAGCUGGGAAUAAUCAGCUGGAAUCUUAUGAGUGUUCUGAAUGUGGAAAACAGUUUUCAAGGAAGUACAAUCUUAAGCUGCAUCAGUCCAUUCAUACUGGGGAGAAGCCCUAUUGCUGUCCUCAGUGUGGGAAGAGGUUCAGACAAAAAACAUAUCUGCACAUCCACCAGAAAGUUCACAGUGGAGAAAAGCCAUUCUGCUGUUCCGAUUGUGGAAAGAAGUUUACAGAGGAAAUUAACCUUCGUCUGCACCAGAAAGUUCACUCGGGACCCAUUCCGUAUCAUUGCGACACCUGCGGGAAGAGUUUCACACAGCACGGUAAAUACAGACGUCACCUUAAGACUCACAAUGGAGAGAAGCCCUAUUGCUGUACUGAAUGUGACAAGUCGUAUGCUGACAAAAAGUCUUUCAAACGACACCAGGAGACCCACAAUGGAGAGAAGUCCCAUGUGUGCACUGAAUGUGGGUCGAGUUUUACACAAAAGUACCAUCUAGUCCUUCACAAGAGGAUUCACUUGGGAGAGGAGCCGUUCAGCUGUGCUGAAUGCGGAAAGAGAUUCUCGCAUAAAUAUAAGCUGACGAGUCACCAGCAAACUCACAACCGGGAAUAUUCAUGUGCGAAGUGUGGACUCCGCUGCAAGGACAAAAUGAAUCUUCUUUUACACCAGAAGGUUCACGCUGGAGAAAAGCCCUACUCCUGUACGCUUUGUGGAAUGAGGUUUGCUCAGAAACACAAGCUCACACUGCACAUGCGGAUUCACACUGGAGAGAAGCCAUUUUCCUGUGGCGGAUGUGAAAUGAGGUUUACUUGCAAAAGGUACCUGAAGAUCCAUCAGGUUAUUCACACCGGAGAGAAACCUCACCGCUGUCUGCAGUGCGGACGGGGUUUCUUUCAGAAGCAUAAUCUUAAAUUACACGAGAGAAUCCACACUGGAGUGAAACCGUACUGCUGCCGAGAGUGCGGAAAGUCCUUUUCACUUAAAAUCUCUCUUCAGCGCCACCAGAUGAUACACAGCGGGGAGAAACCCUACUGGUGUGGCGAAUGUGGAAAACUCUUCAGACUGAUUGGGAAUUUGCGAGAGCAUCAGAGGGUCCACAAGCAGGGUGCGCCAUACUGCUGCAGCGAGUGUGGGAAGACUUUUACAAACAAGAAAAAAUUUCAGAAACACCAGACCAUUCACAGAGGGGAGAAACUGCUCGAUGCACAGCGGGAGGAAUCUCAUUCUUGCGCGGAAUGUGGACAGCAGUUCAGGCGUGUUGGAAAGCUGCGCGAGCAUCAGAAGGAUCACCAAGGUGAAACGUCCUACUCCUGUACUCACUGUGGAGAAACGUUCUCGCACAAGCAUACAUUUCUCCUCCAUCGGAGAACUCACACUGGAGAGAAGUCCUACAGCUGCAGAGAAUGUGGGAAGAGAUACGCAUAUAAAAGUAGCCUUCAGCGCCAUGAGCUGGUGCACGGCGAAGAGAAGCCAUAUCACUGUACCGAAUGUGGGAAGAGCUACACCCAGAAGUACAAUCUUCAGCUCCACCAGAGAACCCACAGUACACCUGUAACAAGCGUGGACUCCAGUUUGACUUGA